AGACCUCAGCUCAGCAGCACAGCUUCGCACCCCGAGUCAGGAGGAUGCCUUUGCCUUCGCAGCGCAGUUACAAGUACACAUCCCAGCAGCACAGACGACGACAAACUUAAGUGGAAGCCAUCUGAAGACGCCACCCCGCAAGGUCCGCGGCUGAUUUCGGCCCAGGGCAGUGGGCCCCGCAGGCAGCCCCGAGCAGCACAGGCUUACCUUACCUCCAAGCUGCAGGCCUGGGAGGCCUGGGGCCCUGCAGGCCAGGGUGCCGCUGCCGGUGCCGCUGCCUACGGAACUCCCGCCUCUCCUCAGCGCCUGCUCCCGCGUCCCGCCCCGCUUCUCAAAGAGGCAGAGGCCUCCGCCGGAGGGAGCGCCGGGGCAGGACAGGCCCAGGAGGCAAGGCGCGGUGUGCACGCCGGCACGGAGCCGGAGCCCCUCUGUUCGCGGGCAUGUCAGGCUCGGAGCGGCGGAGACCCACAGGCCACAUCCAGUUGGACGGCAGACCAGCAUCGCCCACCACAGAUGGAAAUGAAAACAUCACAGAAGUAGACGCACUUGAUAUAAGGCAAACACUUGAUCCUGCAGUGCAAUACAAAAUGAACCACCAAAGAAGGGGAACUGCCUUAAUCUUCAAUCACGAACACUUCUUUUGGCAUCUAAGGCUGCCAGACAGGCGUGGGACGCUUGCAGACAGAAACAAUCUGAAACGCAGUUUGACAGACCUUGGAUUUGAAGUCAGUCUUUUUGAUGAUCUGAAAGCAGAAGAUGUGCUGCAGGAGAUUUAUAAAGCCUCUAAGGAUGACCACAGGAAUGCUGACUGCUUUGUUUGUGUGUUCCUGAGUCAUGGUGAGAAUGAUUAUGUUUAUGCAUAUGAUGCCCAAAUCAAAAUUGAGACAAUCACAGACAUGUUCAGAGGGGACAAGUGCCAGAGUCUGGUAGGAAAACCGAAGAUAUUUAUCAUCCAGGCAUGCCGAGGUGAUAAACAUGAUGACCCAGUUACUGCUGAGGAUUUAACAGACAGUAGCAGUGAAUCCAUUGUCAAUGAGACUGAAGUGGAUGCAGCUGGUGUCUAUACCCUGCCUGCUGGUGCAGAUUUUAUCAUGUGCUACUCUGUAGCGCAAGGUUACUUCUCUCAUCGUGAAACUGUGAAUGGCUCCUGGUACAUUCAAGAUUUGUGUGAGGCGCUUAGGAAGCACGGCACAUCCUUGGAGUUCACAGAGCUGCUCACUCUUGUCAACAGGAAAGUAUCUCAUCGCAGAGUGGAUGUGUGCAGAGACAUUAAUGCUAUAGGAAAAAAGCAGAUUCCUUGUUUUGCCUCCAUGUUAACUAAAAAAUUGUAUUUUCAUCCAAAAUCUAAGUAAGAUUGUUAGUCAGCAAUGACAUCCAUUAACGAGUGGUGGCUGCAGAAGAGAUAAAAAACCCCACACUAUCUUUGUUCUUGAGACUGAGACACCACAAGAUUGAUUGUAAAUACAGUGGGAUCAGAUGUUAUAGGAUGUAUACAUCAAUAGUUUCUCAAACUUUGAAGCAAUCUUAAGGCUGAUAUUGCCACUCUCUUCAUCUCAGGGAAUUUGGGAAAAGCUGGUGCAAAGGUGCUCAGAUGUUGUUGAAAUUGGUACUCUCACUGGUUUUUCUUUUCCCUUUUUUGCUUGAUUGCCAUUAACUGUGGCACAUUUUACUAUUUCCAGAACAUUUCAGAUGGUUGCAUUUAGAUUAGCCUGCCUUGCUCCAAGAGCACAGUUUGCAGGGCAUCUUUGUAAAGCUGUGGACAGCAAGGUCCACUCUCCAAUUUUUGUAGACUUAUUCAUCUUUUUAGCUACUUUUUCACUUGACACUAAAAAAAGGAACUUAAUACCUUGAGCACAAUUACAGCAUUGAUAUGGGAAAAGAGCUUCUUUUUGCUUGCACAUCAUUUGUGUUUGCUGGUGCUUGUGGGGAAAAGCAAGCAGUAGUGAAAUGAGACCAGGUACAGCUUGCUUAGCAUCACUCACCUUGUACAGAUCUUUAAAGCUAAACCAAAACCAUUUCAAGCUUCCAGGCUCACUGAUGACUGCUGAGACACCUCUAGGUAGUUCUGCAAAGCACAACAUACACAAAACCUGUUGGAGUGAGUCCAGAGCAGGGCCAUGAAGAUGAUUCAAGGGCUUGAGCACCUCUGCUCUGAGGACAGGCUGAGUGAGCUGGGGUUAUUCAGCCUGGAGAACAGAAGACUUCAGGGGCACCUUAGAACUGCCUUACAAUACCUGAAGGGAUUCUACAGGAAGGCUGGAGAGGAACUUCUUUCAUAAGAGGCAGGAUGAGUUUGAAGCUGAGUUAGA